AUGUUUCUGGAACUCAGUAUCAUAACAUUGCUUUUGGGCAUAUUAUUAAUUUUUGUGUAUCUUAAAACCAUAAAAGAGCACAUCCGGUAUUGGAUUUUGAUGGGUCGUUUGCCCACAAUUGUUAAUAGGCGAUUCCUUCUUGGACAUGCGGGUAUAUUUAUUGGACUGACGCCAGAGCAAGCCUGGUCUUUGGCAAGAAGAGUGCUGAAAAAAGCAACUACACCAAUACUCACCUGUUAUGUAGGACCUUUUUUAGUGGCUGUGUGUGUCAUGGGUCCUCAAGAACUGGAGGCUGCUAUAGGUUCAAUGAAAAAUUUGGAAAAAUGCGAGGUCUAUUUCUUUAUGAAACGAUGGCUAGAACAAGGAUUGUUAACAAGUGCAGGACCUAAAUGGCAAAAAAGAAGAAAAAUCUUGACCCCAGCUUUCCAUUUUUCAAUUCUGUUGGACUUUAUCGACCUUUUCAAUAAGGAGAUGGAUAAUUUUGUGAAUCGAAUUGAGGCAAACCACUUGGAUCAACCCGUUGAUGUCACACCAUUAAUAUCUGAUUACACUUUACUUACAAUUAGUGAAACAUCCAUGGGUACAAAGCUCGACCUACAAACCCAAGAAGGUAGAAAUUACAAACAAGCAGUCGACGAUAUUGGUAAUGUGGUAUAUGAAAGAAUUGUUGCACCAUGGUUGUGGUAUCCUAGAAUUUUCGACUUGUCAUCGUUUCGUAAAGUGGAAUAUAGAUCCUUGAAAAUUUUACACAGUUUCACGGACAAUAUUAUAAAGAAAAGAAGUGAAAAUUUCAAAACUUUUGAUGAAGACUUCGAAAAUAGUUAUACCAAAAGAAAAUAUCCUUUGUUAGAUAUAUUAUUGAAUACUAAAUUUAAACAUAAAUCUAUUGAUGAUAGGGGAAUUAGAGAAGAAGUGGAUACGUUUAUGUUUGAGGGGCAUGAUACCACUGCCGCAAGUUUAAAUUUUACCACAAUGCUUCUAGCUAACCACUCGGAAAUACAGCAAGUGUAUCAAGAAAUUAUUAAUACAUUGGGAACUGAUUUAUCAACAAAACCAACUUAUGCUGAUUUACAACAAAUGUCGCUUUUGGAAAGAUGUAUCAAAGAAAGUCUCCGGCUUUAUCCACCAGUUCAUAUUGUGGGAAGAACCAGCAGUGAAGAAAUUACUACCAAAUAUGGUAUAAUACCUAAAAGAGCUUUAUUAGUAACUUUCAUAUACGACCUUCAUAGAAAUCCCAAAUAUUGGCCCGAUCCUGAAAAAUUUAAUCCAUCCAGACAUUUGCCAGAAAACUCAAUUGGCAGACAUCCAUUCGUUUAUAUACCAUUCAGUGCUGGUCCCAGGAAUUGUAUAGGACAACGUUUUGCGAUGUUAGAGAUGAAAGCGUUUUUCUGUGGAGUACUAAGAAAAUUCAAAUUGGAACCAGUCGAUACACCCGAAACAAUAGUAUUAAUUCAGCAUAUUAUUUUGAAAGCCAAGGAUGGUGUUAAGGUGAAAUUUGUUCUAAGAAAUCUAAACAAUAAUUAA